UUUCGCAAAUCGAUCGAUAAUUUUUCUAUUUUGUUGUUGACACAUAUGACCUUGACAUUCAGAGAGUAAUGUGUAAUUUUUGUGUUUGACUCAAUCGUGUCGCUCUCAGUCGUGUCUCUCCUUGUAUAAUUGCAAACAAUGAAAUGAGAGUCGAACCUAACCUCAACUUAAACGCCAUGUCUGUCAAAUAAAACGCACACUAAACGUAAAAACAAUGUAGACGAAUUGACAACUUUGGUUUGAUAAAUUUUGUUAUUUUGUAUAGAUUUUCCACACUCUUAAUGUGGUUGUUUUAUUAAUUUUGAGUGUUUCAUUACAAAUGAAAGGAGAACCGUGCACGGUGCAAAGCUUGGAACCGAUUUCAUGAAUUCGGUGAAUUUUUGAAUCUGCUGUCGUGAAAAAGUUUGUUUUAAUUAAAAUCGAAGAUUCGGCUACAGACACAGAGAGGAGACACGCAAAAGUAAAAGAACAUUAAGAAUAUGUCGAAAGAGGCUAUUUCGGAUACGGUGAAAAAGUGCAUCGAAUGCCUUAAGGAUGCCAAAGAUGAUACGCAAAAGUUUGCCGCACUGUUUAUGGUCACGAAAUUGGUGAAAGGAAAGGAUUGUAAUAGUGCAUCGAAAAAAGCGCUGUUCGAGGCAAUCGGUUAUGCAUUUUUGAAGAAAUUACUGAAGAGUGACAAAGUACCUGACGAUUGUCCACCAUCCGUGUAUAAAAGUGUUGCGCUUACAAUUCUAUCGGCAUUUUUGCAAGAAGAAGAAAUUGCAACGCACAAAGAAACAUUAGAGAAUAUACCAAUUUUCUUGGACAUCGUACAAACGGCCGACGAUGAAGAAAAUGAUGAUAAUUUAAUACUUGUGGGUGAAGCAUACAGUUGCUUGCAAAGCAUUGCAACCUAUGAUAUAGGUCAAAAGGCUUUAAUUGAUAUUGGUGCGAUUGCAAAAUUUUCGUCAAUUUAUGCAAAUCAAAGUUUUCAAACGGACGAAGCGCUCAAUUUGAUCGUUACAUUGGUGAAUAAAUUCGGUCCAUCGGUAUGGCCCGAAGAUCCAAAACCAUUCAAUGCAUUAGUUCAACGUAUUGGAUUGGACUUUGAAACCGAUCACACCGAACGUAAAUUUGAUUUGUGUAAUGUGUUGGCAUCGUUGUUGUUCAAUUGUCGCCGUGAAAUUGUCGUGAAAAAUUUGUCCGAAGAAAUUUGGCCAGAGAGUUUAUUCAAAGGAUUGAGCGACAUUUUAAAAUCAAAAUUGGGCAAAAAUCAACGUGAACCAGCAUUAAAAUUGGCCGGCCAAGCUGUUGAUGUGCUAAGCAUCGAAUGGACAUUGAACGAUGUUGAUGAUCCAAAGAAAUUCUUUUUAUUAUUACUUCAAUUGGCUGCGAUUGAGGUGCGCAUGCAAAUGGAUGAAAAAAGUUUUAAAGCGGCUACAGCUCAAGGUGAUCUCAGUACAUCAUGUUUCAUCAUUUUGGAAUUGUCCGUAAAUUAUAUGGCAACCGAUCAAUUGGAUUUGGAUCAAAAGGAAAAACAAUCGGUAUACACAGGUUUGAAGGGUGCAUUCAAUGCUGUGCUAUCCGUGCUAAAUAAAUUGGAUAAGGAUAAGGCAAAAGAUUCAUUGGCUGGAAAGGAUCGUGCAUUUGCAUGCGCAAUGGUACGUGUAUUGUCAGCAUGGUUGGCAUUAGAAACAUCAGCAAUGCGACCGGCAAUCUAUCAAUUGUUGCCAUUUAUGUUGAAAUUGGCCAACAGUACAUUCAACGAUGUGAAAAAGUAUCGCGAAGAAAAACAAAGCGGUGAACGUCCGGCCGAUGUACUUCGUGUUAUGAUGCCAGCUCUGUGCCAUUUGGCUGUCGAAGAGAAAGCACGUAAAAUUCUAUUUCAACAAAAUGAAGACCAAGUAUUUUUCCAAUCAAUGGAAUUUUACUUUUCAAUUGCUCACUACAAACGUCCACCAAUUCCACGUGCUGAACGUCUCAAGCGUAUGAACGAGCCCGAUCCAAUUCCAACCGCUGAACAAUUGGAAGAGAUGAAAGAUGCGCGCGCAGCAAUUGUUACAUUGUGUAAUAUUCUUAUGAAUUUAACCGUACUUGAGCCAAAAAUUGUCGAAGAGAGUGAAGUCUUCCGUAAACUGCAAGAGUUUAUUUUUGAAAAUUUGCCAUUGUUAAAGGAUAUAUCAGAGAAUUUGGUGAUGCACGGACAUUUGGCCAUUUUGGGAUUAUUGCUAUUGAAACAACAGGCAAAACAUGUGAAAAAGAAUGAUUUCACCAUUUGCCGUUAUAUUCAAGCAACCAUUCGUUUCUUAUGGGAUGCAUAUAUUGUUGAUGAAUCAAAUGAUCCGACCGCAUUAGUUUUAUCGAUGACAUACAAAGAGCAUUGGUCAGAAAUUACCGAACUUUGGUUUUUGGGCAUGCAAACGAUGAGCGGUAUUUUAUCGGUUAUUCCAUGGAUAUCGGACUUUGCCAUUGAAAGUGGAUGGGCUGAAGGAAUUAUUGAAACAUUGAAAAAAGUCAAAAUUGGCACAUUGCCAGCCAAUGUUAAAUCAGCCUACGAAGACUUUUUGUGUCAGCUGGUCGACGCAAACAAGACCGUUGUACAAGUACUUAAAAAGGCGGACGCAUUACGUGUAUGCCGAAAUCAUCGUUUAAUGGAAUUGGGCAAAAAAUUGUUUGGCGAAUAAAUAAAAUCGUACAAUCAAAAGCGAGAAAAAGCGAAAAACAAAAUAUCAAUUAUAGCUUAAGUUGUCCAAAUUUAUCAUUUAAACAAAAUUAUACAAAAUGCAUGAACAUUUUUCAGUAAAGGAAACUUUUUCUUUUCGGUCAACAUUUUUUUCUUCUUCAAUAACUCAAACCUAAUAGCUGUUCUUUUGUAAUUUAAAUGAAAAAUACCA